UGCAGCAGCGGAAAAGUCGUCCACUGUGCUCCCCGGGAAGACAUCAUGGCGAUACGAGAUGGUAGACGCUGAUCUUCGUCCGUUUCUUGCGGCAACCAGAGCUGCGCGUCUUUUGGGGCUACGUUUACUUAGUCCGAUGCAGUUGGGUCCGUGAGCCUUCCACAGUAGCAUCCAUCGGGCUCUGGUAUUCCCUCGGUAGUCGGGCUCCAGAACAUGGGGAGGGUUGGAAUGGGAGAAAAAUACAAAAAUUAAUGCUAUAUUACAAACUACCUAAAUCUGUCACUGUUUUCCGAGAGUAUCCCGCCGAUCCGGCCGUAUUUUCGCGAAGUUGAAUGACCCUGUGACGGCCAUGCAAAAUGCAACGUCACAGUACAUAGGUAGUAGAAUGUUACUUGUUCUAAAACAGAGAUUAUCUUGCAGCUUCAAAAAAGAAAUUUGUUCUUGUGGAACCUGUACAGUUUGCACCUGUUUCUCCAAACAGAGGUGAGUUUAUGAUCAAUUUAAUGAUGGAUAAAAUUUCGGAAAUUUAUUGUAAGAUUGAAAUCAUUGUAUAAAAUCUUCUGUACAGAUUUGCAAGAAAAAAAGUUCGUGGAUCGAGCAACGUCUGUUUCUCCAGAACGAAUAUUUCAUUCCCCGACAAAAACGCGGAUUCGAGAGAAUUUUGAGAACCAAUUGCGAAAAGAGAAGCAAGAAAAAAACCGUGUAUCUCGCAAGUGGCGUCGAGCUGAGUUAAAAAUUGCUUCUAUGGAACGAGUAAUAGAGAAAUUAAAAAAGGAGAAAUUUCUUUCGGAAACUCAGCUCAAGAAAAUGGAAGCACUCGGAAAAGUCAACAAAGACUUAUUAAAGCGACAAUGGUAUCGGGUGGUGAGGGGGGAACCUGGAAUUUGUUCGGAAGCAUCGGACAUUAUAAAAAAAAGAGCUGAAGACUGUGAUUAUCCAUUGCUCGUUUCUCUUAUGUUUGAUGGAAUGCAUAUUAUGAAACAUUUGGAAAAAGAUGGGAAGGGUCUUGUGAAUUUAGGGGAGUCUGUGCCACUUGAUGACAAUGAUGCUCCUACUCUAGCCACCGAAACCCUGGUUUUCAUGGUAAAUUGUAUAAAUCAGUCUUGGAAAAUUCCAGUUGCUUAUUUUUUAAUUGAUGGUUUGUCGGCUACUCACAUUGCAGGUUUAAUUAAUCAGUGUUUAGUAGCUCUGCAUGAUUGUGACGUAAAGGUAGUUUCUCUUAAUUGCGAUGAAGCAGCAGCAAAUAUAGCUGCGGUAAAAUCAUUGAAGAUCAUUAACAAGAUCAAUGAGGAUGAUGUAAAUAGUGAUAAAGAGAUCAGAUACUUAACAUUAGUGAAGCACAGACGAAAACGAAGAAAAGAAAUCAAAAAGCCAAUGUAGAUGAUUAUGAGUGGUGGUUCGAGCAUCCUGUAACGCAAGAAGAAGUUAACGUUUUUUUAGAUCCAUGCCAUAUGCUAAAAUUAAUUUGGAAUCUCUAGGCAGUGGUAA